AUGUCCGGGCUGAUCUUGUUGAUCGUGUCGAUAUCGCUGGCAGCAUACAACGAAGUCAGGAACUUCGAAGCUCUCAGGGCUCUUUUUAUAGCCCAGGGCCGGUCGUUCCCUCUCAUCUAUGCAUGGCAGUCUGCGGCAGUGGAAUCAAGUUGUCUACCAUCGAAGGAGAACGUCGGGAAACUGCUUCACACGUACGUUACGAUCCCCUCUGAUGAUGCUCGUCUUGCGAUCGUUGAAGCCUACGAGCAUCUUGCUCUCGCACCAGUGCAUGAGUUGCGCCCCAGGACCUGCUACCUUUCCAACUUCUCAGCCUUUGGGAACCAGCCGGGAUUGCGCCUGCUCCCUGACAACGACGUGACGGGAAUCAGAAUCGAGAGAUUGGUGGAGAUGUAUCAAUGGGUAGAGACCAUCACGACAAAGUCGAGGGCUGACUACGUCCAUGGCGGAACGAUGACAUUCGAUGAGUAUCGAUACAAGAAAGUGUGGUCUGCGCAGGUUGGUGACACGAGAGCCCGGUUCCUCAAAGUUGCUUACUUGAUUGGCAUUCUUACCUCACAGCUGGUUGACGACUCUUCCUUCGUCCGCCCGACGAGCUGUGCCAUCAAGUACAACAACGGCCUUCCCUGCACGAAUCCAGAUCCCACGCAACAGAGAUUGAACCAGGAGCUGAUCAACCUGGCUGGAGAGCCUCAAGUCCCAAGGCCGAUCUGCGAUACGCCGAGUGUGACAGAGAAAUCGUCGAGGGGGGAGAAGCAGGUCAAGAGCGAAGUGUGCGGCAAGGACGUGCGGAUCAACGGGAUUUACAUGCACUUCUUGAACCUGGUCAACCGGAGUGUGGCGAACUCUCAGGAUGCUGUAGGAGACGUUCGGCUGUCGUACGUGGUGUAUAAGACGGACUUUGCUUCAGUGUUGGCUAUGCAGAAUGGCAAUUCGAGGUUCGCAGCGAUACUAUUGCCCUUGUGUUACCUUCCACUGAUCCUUGCUACGAAUGUUCCUGUCCCCAUCUCCUUCUCUGUUGACCUGCUGUCCUCAACUCUCUUGUCUACCUUCUCUCCUGGCAUUGCGUGCAGCUUCGGUCCAUGGAGAAUUCCCAACACGAACCCGGAAGAAGUUCUGUAUCUCUUAGAGAACGGAGAGCGGACGAUGGACCAGAUGAUCCUGGAUGCUGUAUUGUCCGACACGACUCAGAUAUGGUUCACUCGCGCCCUUACCUUCUUCCUCGCUGUCAUCGGGAUGGUCACGACCCUCAGCCAAGUCAUCCCCUACUUGUCGGUGACCAACAGCUUGGAUCAGCUCGAGGACACGCUGCCGGAUGCAGGAUCGCAGGCAGAGGAGCGAUCACAGACGAUGGUCACUCCCCUCCUGCAAGCAGAGGUUUCCAGCCGAACCACCACGGCGAGCACGAACUGUGGGAGGAGCUCGUUUCACGAGGACCUGUAG